UUUCUCGGCAUGCGGUUAUUGCUGGUGGGAUUGCUCCUUUUGCCCCUUGCGCGGGCGCAGGCACCAGUCUUGCUGGGCGGCAGCACUUGCACAUGCCCUUCAGGAUACACUGACCUCGCCGCCGACACAGACUGUGAGACGGCCGCCCCCAAUCUCGGCAGGUUGUACUCUGGGCACAAGGACACCUGGGACCUUCCUGGGUUUGGCUUCGGCGGGCCGCCAUCCGGCUGCUGGGGCGAUGGGCAGUCAUGGGUCUACUGGAAUCCUUCCAGCAGUUCCCCUUGCAGAUCGGAUUCUGAGUUGGUGUGCACCGAUCCAUCCGGGACCACCACCGUGACCACGACUGCCACUGUCAUCACCACAACUUCCGUAACAUCGACACUUACGACGCAGAGCAGCACUUCCGCAACUGCAACGAGCACGAGCGCCUCAGCCACCACCAGCUUCACCUCCAGCGUCACUUCAACUUGGACGACCUCCACAACCGCCACGAUUAGCUCAAGCACCACUAUCUCAAGCACCACUAUCUCAAUCACAAGUAGCUCAAGUACAAGCAUUUCAAGCACAGCUAGCUUCACCACAAGCGUCUCCUUUACAACCUCGGUGACAACUACCACUUCCUCAGUGUCUACAACGAUUUCCACCUCUGUGACGAGCUCCGUCACGGCGACCACGAGCACAAGCACGACUACCACCGUCACGGAGACAUCUAGCUCCACAACGUCCACAGCUACUAUCACAAGCACAAGCACGACUACCACUGUCACGGGCACAUCUAGCUCCACAGCGUCCACAGCUACCAUCACAAGCACCACAGUGCUGACCACCACCACCGUCACUCAGACAGCGACCGCCACGACUGUGUCGCACACGUCAACAACUUCCACCGCAACAACAAUGACAGCCACCACCGGAACGACAACCUCCGAGACGAGCACCGUGUCAGAGGCGGGCGUCGGAGGUGAGGAAGAGGAACCGGCGAUUCGCACAAGCGACAAGGGCUUGUCCAAAUCAAGUCAGCCCGUCACAACGCAGACGAGCACUUGGACGGCCACGUCUACAGACACUUCAACGUUCACGGCUCCUGCUGUGACGUUCACGUCCUCAUCCACGACGGUGUCAGCAUCCACAACGAUUGAAGCAGCGGGGUCCACCGGUGCUGAGGACACUUCAACGUUCACGGCUCCUGCUGUGACGUUCACGUCUUCAUCCACGACGGUGUCAGCAUCCACAACGAUUGAAGCAGGGGGGUCCACCGGUGCUGAGGCAGGUAGUGAGACGACCAGCGAGGCCGCAGGGAACACCAGCUGGAGUGUGAGCGUCCCCCUGGCCUAUGCUAUGACUGACUGUUACCAUCAAGCUUUCCUGUCCCCGCAGGGCUUCCUCAGCACUGACUGGUUGCUGAAGCCUCCCACCGCCGCCUUUGGAGCCUUCGGCGUUUUGGCCGCGCUGUUGCUGCUCUGCGCUUGUUGCUCGCCUCCGCCAUCGCAGGCCAUGGUAGAGCUGAAGCGAGGCGGCAGCGCCGAGCGGGCCGCCGGCUUUCGCUUCAGGUGUCAAGGCUCCGUGGCACUGAGGUGUGUGAACUACAUCCGCUGCUGCCACGCCGGUCUUUGCCUUCGCACGCUGAACCUGGUUCAGGAGAUCCAUAGCUCUCAAAUACGCAGCACCUGGGCAGAUGAGCGCGAGCAGCAGACAAUGAUUACGGUUCUCCAUGCCCAGGCAGCACACAUCGUAGAGUCUUUCGUAAAUGCCAGCUUCAACGUCCGUUUCUUGAUGCUUCUGCCAGCGAUGUUGCCAUGGAAAGAGGCCCUGUACUUCAGCAUCUUCUCCUCCAAGCUUGAGCGGGCAGCGCGGCUGCUGCUGCGGCUGUUGCUCUCCUUGGCUUCCGCGGCCCUGUUGCGGGGCUUUGGCCUGGGCCUGGAAAACAAGGA